AUGGACGGUGGACACAGCCUCAGGAUGGACGUUACUGUCCGCGAGCUCAUGGAGCUCUUUCUACAGAGUCCGCUGGUGGCAGGGGUGACGCGCCACCAGGAGAGUGUGUUGGACCUGCAGUGGUUGGAGGUCCCAGACAUGGCCCUGGAGGAGGUGGAGUACCUCUCCAGCAGCAUGAUCUGUCGCCUCAGGAGGGUCUUCAUUGAGCAAGACCAUUGCAGGAAGCUGGUCGUGACCAUGACCCAGGAGUGGAACACCAGCAGCCGCCCCAGCGAGGACACGCAGCACCUGGCCGUGGAGCUGGCGGACAUCAAGGCCACGCUGAGAGGCGUCAGGCAGGAGCUGGAGGAGAAGAUGAAACAGCUGGCGGACACCAGGCAUCAGUUGUACCAGCUGGUGCUGGAGCUGCAGGAGGCCCGGCACAAUAACAUGGAGCUGGCGGCCACUGCCCAGGCUGCUCGUGCCCCCCUCCCUGAGCUGGACUCCCUGAGGAAGAAGGUUAACCUCAUGGAGAGGCUGGAGAUGGAGGCGAUGGGCCUCAGGCAGAAGGAGAAAGACAUAGACUUCUAUGCAGCCGUGCACGGUUUCCCCUCUACGGAGAAUCCAGGGUUCUGGCCCGUGCGGGGAAAUGAACACGUGAUGGAUAAGCAGGAGCUACCGGCCCGCUCCCAGGUGUUAGAACCCGUGCGGACUGGAGACGAUUAUUCAGUGGACACAAAGGGCCACCUCCAGGAGCAUUGGAUUUGGUAUUGGAUUGAUAAGCUAUUCGAGCGGGAGGAGGAGAAUGUGCAGCUGAAAUCGAAGCUGCACCACCUACAAUUGGUCCAGGACACAUACCAGAAGUGCCUUGAGGAGCUGUGGGAAGAGAACAUGGCCCUCAAGACUGCACAGGGGCAGAGUGUGGAGGAGUCCGCCCACCUGCGCUGGGAGCUGGAGCAGCUGUCAGAGGCCUCUUCAGCCUCCAGCUGCUUCCUGAAGCUGGACCAGGAGAAGCAGAGCCUCCAGGGCACCAUCCAGGGGCUGCCGGACGCCUCCCUGGCCCUGCAGGAGAGCAGCCUCCAGCGCCGGGAGCUGGAGGAGGAGAACCAGCAGCUCAGAAAGCAGAUUGAAGACUUGCGAGUCCAAAUGGAAAGAGAAAAGCAGACCAGCCAGGAUCUGGAGACUCUCUGUGAGGAGCUGGUGGAGGAGAGAGAACAGCUGCUCCGUGACAAUAAGACCCUGAAGGCUGAGAAAGCCCAGGAGUUCAAGGAUCUGAAAAAACUGGUGCAUUCACUGCGGGAUAGUUCACAGACCAGCAGCAAGGCCCGCAUGAAGGGCAGGAAGACUGAGCAAAAAGUCCUCCUCCAGACGGUGACGGACACCAAAAGGAAAGUGACUAUGAUGGAGUGGGAGCGGCCGCAGCUGUGCCGGGACCUGGAGCAGGUGAAGGAGCACGUGGUGCGGGCACAGGAGAUUGAGCAGGAGCUGCAUCGGCUGCAGGAGGAGAUCGAGAAGCUGGCCAUGGAGGUCAGCACCCUGACGACGGCCCCUGAGAGGGUCCACGCCCUCGAGUGGGAAAGCCAGGACCUGUUGCUGGAGAACCAGAGGCUGCAGACGUCUCUGGACACCCUGCAGCCUGAGGGUCUGGAGCGGGACAAGCAGCUGGACACCAGGCAGGUGGAAAAUUCCACUCUGAGCUCCCAGAGCGCCUCGCACACUGCGCUCACAGAGCAGGACACUCAGCUCCAGCACCAGCAGCUGGUGGCAGCCCACCAGGCCCUGCAGCAGGAACAUGCGAGCCUAGGCGCACUCCACGAACACCCUACUAAGGAGCACACGGCCCUUCUCGACAAGUACCGCCGCCAUAAGACACUGCUGUGUCGGAACCUGGAACUGGAGAGCAAGGCUCUCAGUGACAGAUACAAGGACCAGCUCCAACAUAAGGCGGCGCUGGAGCAGCUGGGGACGCUCUUGACCACAGAGCAGGAGGCUCUGCAGCAGGAGCAGAGGACGAGUGCCAUGGCCGCCGAAGAGAACCAGAGGCUGCAGGGAGAGCUGGACAGGGCCAAUUCCCUGCACCAGCAGCUGAAGAGGGAGCAGGAGGACCUGCAGAUGCACAGCAAGAAGCUGCAGACCUCCCUGAGUGACACCCAGCUGCAGGUGAACUGCUGGCAGGCCCAGUGCGAUUGGCUGAGGAAGGAGCAGGAAGAGCUGCAGAGCUACAACAACGAGCUGCAGACCUCCCUUAAUGAAAUGCAGCUGGAGAAGAACCGCUGGCAGGCCCGGUAUAAGGGGCUGAAGGGGCAGCAGGAAGAGCUGCAGAUGCACAGCAAGAAGCUUCAGACAUCUCUGAACGACACCCAGCUGGAUGUGCACUACUGGCAGGCCCGGUACGAGGGGCUGAAGCAGGAGCAAGAGGAGAUGUACACACUCACCAUGGACAUGCAGACCGACGCCAAGCAGCUGAAGACCCACGUCAAGGAGCUGCUCACACACAACAAGCAGCUGCAAACGACCCUGAAGGACAGACAGCUGGAGUUGAACUGCUGGCAGGCCCAGUGCAACUGGCUGAGGGAGGAGCAGGAAGAGCUGCAGAGCUACAACAACGAGCUGCAGACCUCCCUUAAUGAAAUGCAGCUGGAGAAGAACCGCUGGCAGGCCCGGUAUAAGGGGCUGAAGGGGCAGCAGGAGGAGCUGCAGGUGCACAGCAAGAAGCUGCAGACCUCCCUGAAUGACACCCAGCUGGAGGUGAACUGCUGGCAGGACCAGUGCAACUGGCUGAGGGAGGAGCUCCAGAGCAGGGACAUCUCGCUGACCGAGCUGGGCAACCACUGCCAGCUGCUCUCCCGCCUCAAGGGCAACUUGGAGGGAGAAAACCAUCACCUGCAGAGCCAAAACCAAAGUUUGGAAGAGCAGAACCAGAGGCUUCUCCAGGAGGACGUGGAGAACAAGGACCAGCACCAGGAAGAGCAGCGGCAGUACGUAGACAAAUUAAAUGCCUUACAGAGACAAAAUGAAACACUGGAAGAAAAAAGCAUGGCUCAGCGCAAGUUCCAUGAUCCAGCGCCAAAGAAGAAAAAGCACUGGAUUGGAGCCAAAGCCUUAGUCAAACUCAUCAAACUAAAGAAAGGGGGUUCCAGAGAACGACGAAAGUCAACCUCAGAGAGGCCUUCCUGGCCGCUGGGCUCCUCAGACCAGGCCUCGCCCAGUACUUCUCAGCCUCUUCAAUCUCAGCUGGAGCCCCUCCAGGCCACCCCAUGCUGCUCAAAGGGGUCAGAAGAGCAAGACACCCGCAGAGGGCCCAAGGAUAAAGGCCCUGGGGACCCAAUACCAAAGGGAGUGGCCCCACCCAGAGGCAGUCUUGACUGCACUGAUGCCUCCGCUGACCCAGCCACCAAGCCCAGGCCAUCAGAGCUGGGCUCCAGGGCCUGUUCAUCCUCAGCCAUCACUACAGCUCCUCCCAGCUCCACCUCCACCUCCCGGCACCCAGGCCGCACCCACG